AUGGAGAAAUUAAUGAAAAUGUUGGGCGUGGAAAUAGAGGUAGAAGUGAAACCCCCAAGUUGUCAGUUCCUGACUACUUAUAAGAAAGACUACAUAAAGAGACCCAUCACUUAUGAAAUACAUGAUGCCACACCGCAAGAAUUCAAAGAUCCAAUGACUGAAGGAUUCAAGAAGUAUUUAGUUAUUGAUCAAAAGGAAGUUGAAGCACCGACUGAAGACGGAGACCAGUAUUUAGAGAAGGUGAGAGAAGAACGGAAGAAAAUAGGCGAAAUGUAUUUUCAAGGCCCACUAGACCACAUCGUACUAACGGGAGACCAAAUAAUGGAGGGCAAAACUACAUAUGAAGUAGACUACUGCGACAUAGAAGAAGUAAUCCGCCAGAAUUUAACAAAAGGCGUUAAGCACCAAAAAGUCCUGCCAGAUGACUGGAUUCUACCUGAAACUACUCACACAUGUGAUUUUCGAGAACCAACGCAUCUACGCAAAGGUGCAAUGGAAAGACCGCUUGUUAUCAUUCCUGAGAGCAACAUUGGCCAGAAUGAGGAAGUCAAUCAGAUUCUCAAUGUGAGGACUGGAGACAGCGAGUAUAACCAGUCGAUUGGAAAGCUUGGAGAGUUCAUUGCAGUAAAGCAUAUGCAUGGGGAAAUAAUUUAUCCGAAGUGUACUUGCCCCCAACAUGACGUUAGAAAUGAAUGAAGAAAUGUUUGGUGAAUAUUUGAAUAAAAUUCUGAUUUGCGAUAACGACCAGUUGUAUAAAUGAAGUGUAGAUAGU